AUGAAUAAAUCCGUGACGGGUGUUAAGCACAAUAACGUAUACAUCACGCCUAGCCAAGUAGAAUUCACCGAAGCCGCCGAAGGCAUUUCGUAUCGGCAAUGUAUUACCAUCAAGAACGUCGGAAAUAGAUCUGCGUUCAUCAGAAUCCGCCAGCCGAAUUCCAUAGGGUUUGAGGUGGAAACUUGGAAAAGUAACACGCAGCUGAGUCCCGGAUUAAGCUUAACAGCGUGCGUGUCUUACACCUUCAGAAAACCGUCUCUGCUGCACGCGAUAAUCCCGAUCGAGAUUGACGGGAAGGUUCUGGACUAUCGUGUCGUGUGCACGUUGGCCGCUGAAGGCAUCAGUAUCGAGCCGCGGUCGAUAGAUUUCGGUAUCAUCGAUUUAGGCUACAAGUCUGUUUCGAAGAUAAUUACGAUCCGCAAUAAAGGUGGCAAAAGCACCAGGAAAAUUGACAGGUUCUCGAUCGACCUCGGGCAAAGUGACUUGGAGGUUUCGGUGAAACCUCUCCGGGGAACAGUGAGACCGUCGAGAGAGAUGACUCUGCGAGUCGAAUUAGUCGGCACGUACGAAGGUGUCUUUUACAGCGAAUUCUGGAUCAAGUCCGUUCCAAACAUUCGCGUUCCCAUCAAAGUGAACGUCAUCGCGCCGCGAUUGGUGGUCUACCACCCGAACACGACCGGAUGCCUCACCCUAGUCGAUUUUUCGCCCACCAUUGAAGAUACUAGCAGAUAUGACACCUUCGUGUUGCGGAAUCUCUCGUCUCGAGUCGUCAGCUAUGUCGUCCUCGCUGAAAUGGGCAACGAAGUGAAAUGCAUUCGGGAUAUCGAUCAUGAGCGACAUCCGUCUCACAGAGUCUUUAAAAUUCGUCCGAUCGAAGGAUUACUGGAUCCGUUCCAAGGCGUUAUCUUCGAGAUAGAAUUUUCGCCGACAAGCAAGUUAUCGCGACAAGAACGGACAAAACGUGAAAGAAAAUGUCCUGAAAACGGAGAUUUUAUAGCCUUCAUAAGAAUAGUUAAGGUGCAUUGCGCUGAAUCGGGAUUCCGUCGACUUGAAAUGGAAGACAGUCUCAUGGACGACGUUCAACCUUCGUUCAAGCUGCACUUCGACGUCAAGGUGGAUUCUUACAGCUCGACCGCAUCGAGACGAUGUAUCGAAAAGAGAAAGAUUGGGAGUUAUACCGUCGACUGUGCAGUGAAUAUUAUUUUGAAAUCUAAACUAGGAUUCCUGAGCAGAAGAAGUUUGCCGAUAAAAGCGAUAGACAACGACGAAGAAAUCAUGAGACGAAUUCUUCGCACGCCUAAAUGGAAACACGACGAUUACCCGGUCGAUAGACUAGUAUGUCGCGUGAAAAAGCCCAUUCUUGAGAGAUCGAUUUGCACGAGAAAAGCAGCUGUACUGAUACCUUUAUCGCCCUUGCAGAUAUACAAUAUCCACAUUCGCCCAAGCGUGUUCGCCUUUGGCAUGGUAGCGCCGAAUAGUCUCAACUAUCGACAGUUGGUCGCGAGGAACACGAACGAUAUCCCAGUGAUGAUACGCUUAACAAGUUCGCCGGCUGACUGCAUCCGCUUUCCUGAAAGUGACUUGAUGAUCUUGCCACCAAACUCGACGUCGAUGACGAAGCUUGUCGAGUACCAUGCGAAAGACAUUGGCAAGUUUAACGGAUGCAUCGGCUAUGUGAUUAAUAAUAAUCACUUCUUCGAUCUCAACGUUACCGCUUACGUCGUUCAUAAGCAGCUGCACAUCGAUAAGAGAGAGAUCGAACUUGGGAAGGAAUGGUCGAGCGAGGAAGCUUACCGGCCAUUGGCCUCUGUCAUUUGUAUUAAAAACAAACUAGGCGCGAGAACGUGUUUCAGAUGGGAAGUGCCGAGUGCUUCUGGUUUCUACAUAGAGCCAACGUCCGGUGCCGUGCGCGGUGACGCUAUUUUACACGUUUACGCGCAUUACGUCGCUAAUAAUCACGCUAAAGUUAAUAGCGUUCAAGCCAUCGUAAAAUGCGAGAGCGGUAGUUGCGGGUCCUUGCGACUCAGCAUACCGCGAUUGACGCCGAAGGUCGAAUUUGUAAACGACCACGUGAAUCUCGGGGAGAUACCGCUCAAUCUGCCGACCAAAGUGAUCGCCAUUCUCCGAAACUUCGAUAUUAACGAAGUGGCGUACGAGGUGGACAAAUUCAACAUUUCCACUCGAAUUAUCAAGUCUAGUUGGUUAAGUCUUCAGAUGGAGAAAGUACAUCUUACUUUCGAUAUUUGCUGCAACUUUUCCGCCGUAAUCGCAGUUAUGAUUCAAGGGAGUGCGCGAUUGACGUACAAGAUCAACGGUAAAGUAUCGUUUCCGCGAUUAAAACUUCAGCCGGAGCGAAUAGAGAUGAAACGUGUCAGUGUCGAUGCCUGUCAAACUCAUCGGAUAACAGCCACGAAUAUCGGAACGACGAUAUUGGAAGUGCAAUUUUUGUUAAAAAAAUAUCCCGAAUUUCGCAUCUCUCUGUCGGUAAACGGUCAAAGCUCGGAUAUGGAGAAUAUAAUUAUCGUCCCAGGCGCGAGUCGAAGCUUCUAUUUGCACUUCGAACCGGUCGACUUAGCCAGCUACGCUUUCUACUUGCCGAUGAUGAUAAACCAACUGCUGGGGCCGGUAUCGGCGUUGAGCGUCAGACCGUCGGAAUUUCUGAAAUCGCGCGAAAUUCGCUACGCAAAUCUGUCGAACUUUGUGAUAACACCGUUGCCCGAUAAGCUACCCACGCUGUCCGAAGAAUUGUGCAUAGAGAAUCGGGUAACGCGAACAACGGUGCUCUUAAAUAUUGAGGAAUUCAGCCAAUCCGAUUGUCCGUUCACCAUCGAGUGGUCUCGCGGAGCGGAGGUCAGAAGAACGUCCGAUUCUAUCGAGUGCGCCUUAUAUCCCGGCGACAGCGUCCACUUCGUUCUCGAGUUCAAGCCGAAGAAACGCGGCAGCUUCAGUGUCGAAGCGCCGAUACAUGUUCACGGCGGGCUCGACGUAUUCAAUAAAUUACGUCUCGACGGCGAGUUUCCCGCCAGCACGAUCGACGUAGAACCGACAGAGAUAUAUCUCACGCCCGUUCCUUUAGGCAUGGCGAUUGGGAGAAGGUUUAUGAUCCGAGCGAGGCACUUUGAUAACUCGGCUUCGAUAGGCGCGGACUUUUCGUCGGUGUCGCGAUGCCGCGGCGACUACAAGAACGAUUUGAUACGCGUCGAUUUUCCAAAUGGCGUUCUUCCUCAUUCGUGCAUAGAACUUGAGGGAACGGUAACGUUCAAAAGUGAUCAACCUGUGUCAUUUUGCUUGACGAUCGAGUUUCGGGACGAUCGUGCAACUAGCGUGUGUCGCCUAAAGGUGCACGCGACGGCGGACAAUAAUUUAUUGACGAUAUACCAAAUGCGAUUGUUUGACGAUGCAAAACGUGUCUCCAUUUAUUCAUCGCCAUCGUCAAACAAUGAAACGGGCGAUCGUUCUCUUGGACAAAUUAUAGACUCGGAACUUUAUUCAUCUCGAAAUGAAGAAAUAUAUACUAACGACGAUGAGAUGGUCGGUAAUAAUGUACAAACAGACAAGAAAGAGACGACGGAGAAUGAGCGAGUGUUAUUUCGCGAGAGAGAAAUCGAUUCGAAGAAACACUUUGCGAAAUUAUCGCAUCAAGAUUAUUUUAUUGAUGACCGCGUUUGCGGAAAGUAUAUACACCAAGUAACGAUAUCUAUGGAAGAAUGGAUGUAUUCGGGACCCCUGAGAUUUCGGUUUUACCUGAGCAUUCCCCACGGUAUCACUGCGGCUUUCUCAAAUUACUCCGUGAAGAGGAAGUCGAACGUAGGAUAUCCCAAGAGGAAAGAUAACGCGACUAUACCGUCAUUUAUCGAUGUGCUCGAGUCGCUCGUGGGGUCGAAGAUACGUGAUUAUUUGGGAGAACAUUUGCCGAAGCAGUGUGAAUUACACGAGAGAUCCAUCCAUCGAAGUAUCGUGAAUUCGUCGAGCAAGAAACUCGAUAACCGUUGCCCGGAGGAGAGCUUUCUGCUGGCUUGGCUGCAGUACCAUUACGAGCAGCAACGCGUGCGAGACUGGAUGACCGACCACCGCUUGAAUUCGCAAGAGAAGUUAGACGAGCCUCGGUUAGUUCAGAAUUUUCAUCGGGACUUAUCGGACAGUCUAGUGUUAAUUGCCCUUACCGCGGCCUACUGUCCCUUUCUUAUUCGCGAGUGCUUCGGUAAUUUCUACAUCCGCCCGAGGAACAGCGAAGAGACAUUACACAAUGCUAUUUGCUUGGUCACCGCUUGGAGAAAGAUACGAGUUGGUUUUAUAAUCACGCCGAUGCAAUUAGUUAAUCCGAAUGAAAUUCAGAUGUUGAUGCUGGUGACCCAUCUUUUUCAAACUUUACCGACGUAUGUGCCCAAUGCCAAGGAAAAUAGUUCGAGACUAAUGUUUUUAACGGCGGUUUUGCAUGAAUUUAUUCUUUCGUCAGCAUACUUGUUGUUUUGUGGAUGCGCCAUCGGCCCGUACUUCGGUAGCAACCAAUGCAUCGUCUUGGAGGGUCAGAUCGAUAACGUAGGAAUUAUAAAAGAAUACACGGUACGCAGCAAAUUGUACGAAGUCAUCGAGACCAGUUUGAGAAUUAACGUACCUUAUCGAAACGCAGCAGAAUACGAGAUAUGGUUAACGGAAAAACGGCCGAAUCAUCCGUAUACGCACAUCGGAUUACGUUUAAUACAAUGGUUAAUGGGGGACGACAUUGAUUCCACAGUUUCUGAAUUUGCCCAUAUCUUUGAUAACACGGUCACAUAUAAAGUAGCGAUUUCGGACAAAUCGAGCCCUCUUGUUAUACCAGAAUAUUUUACUAUAGAAGGUCGGUAA